AUGAGCUUCGGGCACAUCCUACCCUUCUUCUUUUCCAUUCAUGAGAUCAACCAGAAUCCAAGGCUGUUACCAAACAUCACCCUGGGCUACAGCAUCUAUGAGAACUAUUUCAAUGCAAGGAUAACAUACGAUGUCAUGAUGGACUUGCUUUCUAGGGGCCAAGAAAAUGUUCCAAACUAUAGAUGUGGAAAACAAAAGAACCUGCUGGCAAUUCUUGAAGGGAUGAAUUCUGAACUUUUUAAUUCCAUUUCAACCAUGCUGGGCAUCUACAAACUCCCACAGAUCAAUUAUGGGGUCAUCAGCUAUAUUCCAGAGCAGAAACAUCAUUUUCCUUUUUUCUACCGGGUGACUCCAAAGCAGGAACCGCCUCACUUGGCGAUUGUCAAGCUGCUCCUGCAUUUCCGAUGGACGUGGAUCGGCCUCGUUGCUCCGGACAAUGAAAGUGGGGAAAAGUUCAGAAGGAUGUUUGUGCCAGAAGCCCUAAGGAAAGGGGUCUGCAUUGCCUUCUCAGAAAGUUUACCAAAGCUUCUGUACGAAGGGGCAAAAAAGCACAUCCUACAAUAUUUCGGAGACACUAAACUCCAUCCUUUUCUAAGAAACUUCCAGAUUUACAAUCUUUCUGUGGAGGAGGUUUAUUUGGCUGAGGGUGGAAUUCCUGUUGCUGACUUUGAUAUCAUGGAUUGGGCAGUGUUUCCUAACAAGUCCCCUGCUGGGGUGAAAAUUGGGAAUAUUGAAAAAGAAGUCUCUUCAGAUAUCAAGUUCUCUAUCGACGAGAGCGCCAUUAUAUGGCCAUCAUCUUUUAACCAGGUGGCCCCUUUUUCUAGGUGUACUAAAAGUUGCCUCCCAGGGUACACCAAACUCACAAAAGAGGGAGAACCGGUUUGCUGCUAUGACUGCUCUCCAUGUAUGGAAGGAACAAUCUCCACUCAGGAAGAUGCAGCCCAUUGUGAAAGGUGUCCAGAUGAACAGCAUUCCAACCAGAAGCGAGACCAGUGUGUUCCCAAAGUCAUAACUUUCAUGUCCUACAGAGAAAUGUUAGGUCUUAUCUUGGCUAUCACAGCCUUAUUUUUGUCUCUAACCACUGCUUUAGUUCUGGGAAUCUUCAUUAAAUACCAAGAAACCCCCAUAGUCAAAGCCAACAACCGGGAUCUCACCUACAUUCUUCUGGUCUCUCUCUUGCUUUCCUUUUUGACAACCCUUCUAUUCAUUGGUAAGCCCCAAAAAGUGACUUGCCUUCUUCAGCAAAUCACCUUCAGUGUUGUUUUCUCAGUUGCCGUCUCUUCCUUGCUGGCCAAGACUAUCAUGGUGGUGGUGGCAUUUUUGGCCACAAAACCAGGCAGCAGGAUGAGGAAAUGGUUGGGGAAAAGUCUGGCCAACUCCAUUGUCUUGUCCUGUUCUGGAAUUCAGGUGGGCAUCUGCCUUACAUGGUUGGGAAUUUCUCCCCCAUUUCCACAUUCUGACCUGCAUUCUCAACCAAGAGAGAUCCUCCUGCAAUGUAACGAAGGCUCAGCCAUCAUGUUCUACACUGCCCUUGGCUACAUGGGCUUUCUGGCUGCCGUCUGCUUCUUGGUGGCUUUCCCGGCCCGCAAGCUUCCAGGGACUUUCAAUGAAGCCAAGUGGAUCACCUUCAGCAUGCUGGUCUUCUGCAGUGUUUGGAUCUCCUUUGUCCCCACCUACCUGAGCACCAAAGGGAAAUACAUGGUGGCUGUGCAGAUCUUCUCCAUUUUGGCCUCCAACCUGGGUUUACUGGGCUGUAUUUUUCUCCCCAAAUGUUACAUCCUUAUUCUGAAACCUGACAUGAACACUAAGGAGCAUUUAAUAAUAAAAAACCAAUGA